GUAAACUCGUAAAGUAGCAACCUCGUGAUAUAAAAUGAGAAAGAAGAGGAACGUGAAAUCAAACGAUUAAAUUACAGCCCCAUACUGUGGUACAGUACCAAAUCUCGAAAUGGAACAACCUCUUAUAAUUUCAUUAAUUGCAGGUGGCUUGGCUGGAUUAACUGUAGAUAUAACAUUAUUUCCCCUCGAUACUCUGAAGACAAGACUUCAGAGUGCUAAUGGAUUUUGGAGAAGUGGUGGGUUUCGUCAUGUGUAUAAAGGUUUGGGACCAACAAUGAUUGGUUCCGCACCAACAGCUUCAUUGUUUUUUGGUACCUACAAUACAGUCAAAUCAAUUUGUAGGCCGUAUGCCAGUGAAGCUUAUUAUCCAUUGGUACAUAUGGGUGCAGCAUCAGUUGCAGAAGUGGUCUCUUGCCUUGUUAAAGUGCCAACUGAAAUUUUCAAGCAACGACAACAAGCUUCUAUGCACAAUUCAUCCUUGUUGUCCAUGUGGCGCCACAUCUAUGCCAAGGAAGGCUUUAUGGGAUUCUACAGAGGCUUUGCUAGUACAGUUGUCCGGGAGAUUCCAUUCUCCGUUGUGCAGUUCCCUAUCUGGGAAUUUUUUAAGCUGAGUCUCAGAGAAAUAAAGGGUGAUGAACUUAACCCUGCAGAAAAGGCACUCUGUGGAGCAUUUGCAGGUUGCAUUGCUGCUGCAGUAACUACUCCACUUGAUGUAGCGAAAACCAGAAUUAUGCUGGCAGACAAAGAACUUCAGGUUCCAGAGGACUACAAGAAACUGAAAAUAUCAAGAGUAUUAAGAAAUGUGUAUUCUGAAAGAGGAUUUAAAGGGUUAUUUGCUGGAUUUCUGCCCAGAAUCACUUGGAUAACACUUGGUGGUGCUGUAUUCUUUGGCAGUUAUGAAGUUGCAGUUGAUGUUUCCUCUUAUAUGUUGAAACAAAAUGAGGUUAUAGAUUGAGUAGUUUAUGUGUGCUAACAGUUUGUAUAACAUACAGAAGUGAUGUGCUCUGAGAAGCUUUAAGGUGCUAAAGAAGCCUAGCCGAAGCUAGCAUUGCAACUUGUUGGGAGCUGCAGGCUCAUUUUUGUUAACAGCUGAGACAGUGCAAUUGUCUUGACAAGAUCACUUGAAUAUGUAUUGAGGAAUGAGCCAUUGCACAUGCACUCAUCCACACUGUGCACUUCUUUAUUAUGGGGUCAUACUUCAGUUGUGAGCAGUAUUGCUGAAGUGAUUAUGGAUAUAUGAAAAAUAUACGCUACAUUCACUGCACAGCAGGAGUUUGGAUUGCAGCAAUAUGCAGAUAACAAAGAAUUCUGAACAUCUGGAACCAGGGACUUUUUCUUUAGGAGCUACAUGGAAAAAAGCACAUGCUGCUGAAGAAAGUUGUUCUUAUACAACACGAUAAAAUGUUCAGCUCCAAAAGCUUGAUGUUGGCUAAUUCUGAAUCACAAUAAAAAUAAAUAAAAUUAGAUUGCAAAGUUGUGCCAAAGAAGUGUAUGAAAUAUAUUCAGCAUCCACUGGCACAAUCACUGUUGCUCAGGUUGAUAUCUUGUUACUCACUCUCAUGUCUACAAACUUGGGCUACAAGAUAUUUCAGGUGAUUUUUCACUGAACAUAACUUUUUUUCCAUUCUAAUUGAAUAAAACAAAUUGCAGGAUUAUACAUCACACAUGAAAACAUAUAGCUCAUGUCCACAAAUUUUUCUUUUUUUUGGGGGAAGGGGGGGGGGGAGGGGAGGUUUCUUUAUCCAGCAGUAAAUGUUAAAUAGCUGAUGAUAAUAUUUUACAAAAUAAAGGAAAUUAAGACUCCAAAAACCAAGAACAGUUGCUAAUUGGUACAGAGAAUUUGCAGGGGAUUGUACUUCUAAAUGUCCAUGUUAAUCACACCCCCCAAAGAGCCACCUAUGUGAUAUUAAUUGUAUCAAAAGGAAAUUUUACUAGUGAAGAAGGAUUGCUGGCCAAAACUUUCCCUUAUGAGGCAAAAUUUCAGUUCUGCUGAUAAAUAAGUAAAAAAGUACAUUACUAUUCCAGUUUUCAGAACUAAUAGUUCCUCCCUCAGGGAAGGGAUGGGUCCUGGGUUCUGAGUAACCUGCCCCCUCCCCUUUUUUUUUAACCUUCCCCAACCGAUUCCUGUCUCCUCCCAGAUGGCCAGCCGCUGUGGCCGAGCAGUUCUAGGCGCUUCAGACUGGAACCGCGCUUCAGUCUGGAACCGCGCUGCUGCUAUGGUCACAGGUUCGAAUCCUGCCUCGGCCAUGGAUGUGUGUGAUGUCCUUAUGUUAGUUAGGUUUAAGUAGUUCUAAGUUCCAGGGGACUGAUGACCUCAAAUGUUAAGUCCCAUAGUGCUUAGAGCCAUUUGAGCCUUUUUCCCUCCCUCCCUGAUGAAGGCACUAUUGUUUCAAAAGUUAGGAUAGUGUACAUACUUUGCUGUGUGUUUAUUGGCAGCACUGAAAUGUUGUCUCAUAAUUUUAUAGCUCCCUGAUAUUAAUAGAUCCUGUGCCAUGAUGGCCUUGAAAGAAUUAUAUUCAGUACUAGACUGAUACCAGUUUCUUGUAAUUUGAUACCUUACACUAAAUAAUAGUUCUAUGCUGCAAAUGUGGUGUCAGUAUUAAGUAGAUCACUGUAUUCCCUCACAUGUAAAAUACACAAUGAUUCUGUAAAACAUUGACAAAGCUGUGGCACAAGCUAGCAGAUUAUAAACAGAAAAUAUUUGUUAACUUCUCAUGACAGCAGUUCACAGUCAUGUAGUAUUUUUAAACGGACAUCAUACUUGCUGUUGACUGCAGAAAUUGUGAAAUAAAUAAGUUCUACAGUGAGCAGUAAAUAUGAUGUCCUUUAGAAAACAUUUAUUUACUGUCUGGAUAUGUAUGUUUAACAUAAUAUAUAACUGAAAACCAUAUGCUGCACUAUGCAACAGCAACUGCAUUAGUGGUGAUUCCUGAAUAAAGAACAUGUAGAAAAUGGCACUGUUGCAGUUCUGUAGAUUAUAGAAUAUUCUUAUUGGAAAUAGUCUUCAUUGCUUAGCAUUUUCCAACAGUAAUUAUAUAUAUCUGAACCUCUUCUUUAUUAUAAUUCUGCCAUCUCCAAGACAAUAAGUUGAUGUCAGCCAAAACCAGCAUGGCGAGUUAUACUUCAGUUGCUAUACCAAAGCAGUGGCAAUAAACAGCGAUACGCUGGUGAGGAGGAUGGAGAUAAUCCUUCAAAUGUUUACUGUUAAUCUAGAUGCCACUAGAUUACCCAGAGAGUUAUAUACAAUGGUGUCAGUGCAGAGGGAUUUGUGUGAAAAGUAUUCUUGUUAAAGAUAACUGUUGUGUAUAACAGCAAUCAGAUUAUGGUAAUGAUAGCUUUGGAAUCAUAUAUGCCUUCUUUGUGGCAUGCUUGAAGUGAGGCAGAAACUGUUUUUCUAUCAUUCACGAAAUGCAGAAGUGCUAAUAAAUGAUUCUCAGACAAAA